GGACGAACAGGCUGCGUUUUAACUAUGAAUCCUGAGGAGAACCCAACUUCGAUCAGUGUCCAGGCGGAUGAGUUUAACGCGUCGAUCGUGGACCAGUCAGGGGUGCUGGAGAAGGAUCACCCGUUGCUGGAGCGGUUCCAGCAAGCCCUUAAGGCUCACCUGCUGCGGGUGAAGGACCAACUCGAAGAAGAGAUUGCGGAGUUGGACCAUCGGCUGGAGCAGAAUGAAAAGGACUCCGAGGAGGUCGGUGCCCGGCUGUACGAUCUGCAGGAGGAGAUCGACAGCCAGAAGGAGCUGCUGGAUAUCUACGGAAAGGAGAUCAUGGAGGUCUCCGCUAGACGGAAGAUUGCCGAGGAAAUGGCUGCCGGCUACAAGAAAGAGUAUGACGAAGAAAACCUGAAGCUGAAGGAGUUCAAAAGGAUCCAUAACGAACAUCUGGUUGAACUGGAUAAUUUGACCAUCCUGGAGGCCGAGUUCUCCAAGUGGGACCAGGAGAUCAAAGACGAAAUCGCGGUUGCCAAACGGGUUGCUAGCAAAGACGUCAAGGACCAAAUGGCAGCGGCAGAGGAAAAGAGAAAGAAAGAUUUGCUUGUGUUCAAUCUGGAUGCGGAGGUUCGCAGGAAGGAACGUGAGCUAGAGGGAAUCGAAGAGCAGAUUAAAGAACAGGAGGGUGCUACCGACGUGAUCAAUAGAAGCUUGGCGGAUGCCAACUCAGAUCUCGAGGUGCUCCAACAUGAGCACAAACGGCUGUUUCAAGCGUGGGGCGAAGUGAUCGUAGCCAUUCAGCAGCGUGAUAGAGUUCUUUCCAGAACUAAAGAAGAACUGGAGAAAGUUUACGAGGAGCACAAGGUAAUCAAGAGCAAGACUGAUAUCACCAAGAAGACCGCUGCCAAGGAAAUGGAACAAAACGAAAAGUUGUCAGGGUUCAAGGCAAGAAUCCAGGGCGAUAUCAAUGUACUGGAAAAACAGGUUAACAAAGAGCAAGAGGAGGAGGACAAGCUGACGCGCGAGUUGGAUCACUACGCGUUGAUUCUGGAACAAACCGAAGCGGACAUGUUAAAGGCUCAGCAGGAGGGACUCCUGAUCGCGAACCACCUGAAAUCGCUUCGCCAAACGCUGAACCAACAGAAUCAGAAAAAGUUCGAACUUGAAGAGCAAAUUUUGGAGCUGCUGCAGGAUCAGAUAACCACCGAUAAAGCGGGAGAAUCCCAGGGUAAGACACUGCGUGAAACGCAGGAGAAGCGUAGGGAGCUGGAAAUCGGAAUGUCCGACACCGAGCACAAGCUGUCUAUUGCGCUGCUGGACUUGGAGAAGUGGCGUGGAAUUGUGGAAAAGUCCAAGGGAGAAGUAUCGCAAAUUAAGAAGGAGCACGAUUCUCUGGACAACGAGGCGAGAAAGUACGACGACGAAAUAAAAAUCAUUAAGGAAAUCAUAGCGACCAAGUUGCGCAAGCUGGACUCGUUGAAUCGUCAACUGGAGCAGUUAAUUACACAAGCUGGUGGUCACGAACUGAAUCCGGACGAGCUGAAGCUGCUGGACGUGCAGCACGAUAUCCUGGAGCUAGACGCUAAGAUUAAGGAAGCACAAGAAAAUUGGUUGAAGCUGCAAAACAGUGUCGUAAGCCUGUCGGAGAAACGUGUGCAGCAGUUGAACGAUAUCAAUUAUUCACGAAAGAAGCUGUUGUUAGUCGAGCAAAAGGCUAUCAAAAUCGAAACACGCCUCGAGGAAGUUUUGAGUGAGAACCGGGAGAUUGUACGCUCUCUGUCCACGCUCAAUUCACGGCUGGACACGGUCAGUCUGGAGCUGUUCAAGACUAAGAAAACUCACGAGAAGGAAGAAAUGGAGUGUGAGAUUUCGCACCAGCAAACCACGGAGCGUUUGAGAGAGGCGGAACUGUCCGUGCUGAACCUUGAGCAAGAUCUGGCCGAUUUGGGCAAGGAAAUUGACGAGUGCAAGCAGGAAGUGCUGGACAAGCACCGCGAAGCGCUGUCCUGGGAGACCAAGUACAAAAUGUCUUACGAAGCGAAGAAGUUCAAGGAUGAAGAGUCGGCGCAAAACAGCGAGAUCGGUAUAAUGAAGGCUGAAAUCCAUCGCAUGCAGGUUCGGUUUUUGCAGCUUAAACGUAUGCAGGAGAAGCUGGUUACCGAUUUGGAGAAUACGGUUCAUCACAGGGAACAUAUUUUCGAUUCCGUCAACGCAAGGGAGAAGGUUUACGGGAGCAAGUUCAAGUCUCGCUCGACGAUGCAGCACAAGAUUAACGAGUUGAAAAACAAGCUGAAAAUAGUAUUUGGGGAAAUUUCGGACACCGAGAAGAACUUGAUUGAGAUCGAUACAGCUCAAAAAUUGCUGCAAGCGGAGAUUGAGAACAAGUCGCAACAAAUAGAGGAGGAAAAAAUUCAAACAAGUCUGAUAAAGUCGGAAAUCGAGCAGGCUACACUGUUGAAACAAGAGAACUUGGACUACAUCGUACGCCACCAGUAUCGCGCUAGACGAUACCGUGCAUUUGCCGGCGCUAAUCAACUGCCCAAAUUUCGGAAUGAGAUCCUGAUCCAGGCCGACUUGCAGCGCCAGCGUGAAAUCAACGAAACCAUCGGUGGAAUUGUGGAGAACUUGAUGAUUGAUUUUCCCGGACAGAGAUUUAACCUGUCCAAGAUUUGGCAAACUUUGAAGUAAUUUUUAACACUUGAAAUUUUGGUUUGGUUUGGAUUGCUUCAGUGUGAAUUGCAAGUGAGAGUUAUUCAAAACAAUUAAAUAAAGCUUUUAUUUCCGAACAACAA